GGCUUCCAGUUUCAUCAUCAUCAUCACAAGCUUCUCCAUCGUCAUCUCCUUCAUCUCAUAACGUUCUCCCUGUGGACGUAUAUGGCGGGAUGCAUGACGUUCAAGUGCAAUUCCAAGACGAUGGAUAUGCCUGAGGAAGAGGUCUCGAUCCGCCGACCGCUGGGGGAGGUGGUUUCCGAUUGCGUUUUUAGGUGGUACGACGCCACGCUCAAGGCGGCUGUCGGAGGCGAUACAGUCAUGCAGUCCUUGUUGGGACAGAUGUUUGCAUCGGGAUAUGGGGCUCCAAGAGAUAUUGAGAAGGCUAUCUACUGGCUUCAGAAGGCAUCUGAAAAAGACGUCGAGGCUCGGCGUAUGCUCUCUCUCAUGACAGAGAGAGAUCCCGAGGCUCGGAGGAUCUUCAUGUACAGACGAGGUACCCAGUGGCCAGGUUUUCAGUCUUUAAUGAGGACAAAACAAGGGACGAAGUUGAUCUGCUCAGAAAGGACUUAUUUGUUUGCAGAUAACGAUACUUUGUGAGCUUGCCUAUUUGAUGACAUCCAAGGGCUUGAGAUGUACAAUCAAGAAAGGUUGGGCAGUUAUAUUUAGCCAGGAGCGAGGUUGGGGAUAAGAGGGGUGUGUGGAAGGGGGAAGGGAAGGAGGGAGGGAGGGAACGAAGCAUUGUGGGAGUGGUGGUGGACUUGUUCGGAGAAUUGCGAGAGUGAACGACAUAGCCGUGUGCGCAUCAAGGUGAUUCGCUUUACUGGAGCCGUCGCUAGGGUGAUUGGGUAAGCGAAGCGAACGGCAUAAGUACGUCUUUUUCUUCUUCUUCUUCUUUUUUUUUUCUUUUUUUUUUUUUUUGAGCUCCUCUUAGGUAUAGAGGGCGGCACUUGACCUGAUAAGGUUUACACCUCCCCUCCUUAACUAUGGUCAGGCUGACUGGUUAUAUAUGGUCGGCCAACCUCUGUGCGCACAUCAGUUAUUUACUCCAUUCCCAAAACGAGUAUAUAAGAUCAAGUCAUGCUGGAUUGCGUGCUGUUUCAGCCCCCUGUCCUCGCGUCAGUUGGUGAUCCCUUGCAUAUCAUUUGGAUGCUGGGUUGUGACACAGACUUCUGUCUUGGGUGGGGGGGGGGGGGGGGGGGGGGUGGGGGGGGGGGGGGGGGGGGGGGGGGGGGGGGGGGGGGGGGGGGGGGGGGGCGGGCACGGAGGUGGGGUAGAUAGGUAGUAAAGAGAGGGGUUGUAGGAAGUAGGACAGUAUGGCACUGGGUAAGGAGGAGGUGGGACUUGUGCACGAUGUGCGGUGUGGAGAGGGAGGUGGUGUGGAGAGGGAGGAAUGUGGUAGUGGAAAUAAUGGACAGGGGGGAUGUACGAAAACUGUCGAAGAGGAGAAGGUGAGUGGUAGAAGGUAGCAGAGAGGUAGGUCGGUAUGUGUUGCAGGAGAUGUAUAGUUAUUACUAAUUUCGUAACUUAGUGGGGGUUUUAGGGGGGGCUUUUGUCGAUUUAGGGGCCUUUAGGGGGGGGCUUUUGUCGAUUUAGGGGGGCCUUUAGGGGCUGUUUGCCAAUUAAUCGACCGCGAACUGCUUGGUGAGAUGAUGCUAGAUGGCCUCUCGUGCAUUCAAGUGAGACGCCAUUCAUGGGGCACAAGGGUUUUGUUUCAGUCGGUCACAUCGGAGGAGAACCAUCUACAGAUCAUCGGAAUGGCGGUGGCGACCAAGUGUCGAUUUCAAUGAGAUGCCAUUUAUCCGGGACGAGGAUCAUGUUUUGUUCUGGUCGGGGCUAUCGAUCAUUGUAACGAUGGGUGUAGGAUUCGGUGUCGAUUUCGACUCGACGUUGUGCAGAUCCGGUAGACUUUUUUUGUGUUUUUGUCGGAUCGGGGCAAUCGAGCAACAGAAGCAAGAAACAGGGCGUUGGAACGAAAGAUCGUGUUGGAUCGGUGAAUGGCCAGCAGACCAAUUGAACUGGUGCUCAUUUCAAUGAGAGAUGUCGUAGACAUCCGAAACGAAGAGUGUGUCCGAUCGGGGAAUGGCCAGCAGGUCAUUGGAAUGGUAGUGCACCUGUUGUCUAAUUUUUCAACCAGAUGCUGUGCAUCCAGUUGAGGGGUCAUGUUUCUGUCCGAUCGGGGCAAUCAAGAAACAGAACUAAAAAACAAAGCUUCGGGACGUGGCUCGUCUUACCUCUUGUAGUCGUCUUCCUGUCUUCCUGUCUUCCUGUCUUCCUUUCGUUGCUGCCAUCUCUGUUGGUUGAUGUCAACUCAAUCAUGGUACAAGAGGUAGAGAUAGGGCAGUUGACGUUGCUGUGAUGAGGCAGGCAUGCACUCUUGUGACCGAACAGUUUCUGAGUGUUACGUUUGAAUGCACAAGCGAUAUACAUGAGAACAUCUAUGGAUGCUGCUCUACACGCACUCGCAGAUUCCAUUGUGAAUGCUGUUGUGAUGAGUUGAAAACCUAGUCUCUCUCCUGACAAGCAGAGGUUUGAGCGCUUUUUUUUUUUUUUUUCAGCGUUUCCUGUUUCGGCCGGUUCUUGGCAUUCAUGCACCGGCACUGGCCGUCCACACUCCGUAGGCCUAGACAAUUCUCGCUCUGAUUCAUGUUCUCCUUCUCCUCCCUCCAUAUGGCCAUUUAAGCUGACAAUCGUGUAGUGUGGCACAUUUCGUACUGCCUAUUCUAGUAUACUAGUAUACUAGGAUUCUAGGAUACUACACUACGACGACAUGUACGUGUUACUGGAAUGCUAGUGUAGAAUGUUCUCAGGCAGUGGAUUUGCUGUAUGCUCCCAGGUGCUCAAAGUGAUGCAUUAGUACAUAUACGACUAUGUAUAUAUUGAUCUUCUGUGGGCAAGUCGUCGCUGGAGAGAGAGAGAGAGAGAGAGAGAGAGAGAGAGAGAGAGAGAGAGAGUUGGAAAGGUCGCACUUGCUCAGGUGUAUGGGUGGCAUUAUUAUAUGAGUGUGUCUCUGCACGGCUUGAUGGGAUUUGGGUUCAAAGGUCCACACAGCGACUCUAUGGAAAAAUGGUAAAUAAAGAAAAGGCGACCAAGGGGUAGCCGUGGGGUCUUCCGGUCGCUGUAUAUUGUGUGUCUUUUGGCUCUUCCUUCUCCAUUUGAUAUUCUUCGGGUGAAAAGUCCUUCCUUUAUUUCAGGGCUCUUCCCAUGCUUACCUCACCGUGUGCCUCUUUUCUUUUUUGUUUUAACUUUUAAGGGGAAAAAAAGGGUUUUAGAGGCCUGUCAACAUCUUGUUGUCGACGGCGGUGAAACUACUACUACGACUAUCGCAAUAAAUGCAAAGGGUAGUA